AUGUCUAGUAAUAUCCAGCAACUUCUGGCCAGCGAGCCUGAUCGCAUUAUAUCCCCAACGUACGAUUUUAUCAAAAAUCUACCCUAUGUUACCGAUGGCCAAUCUAAUCGACAAGCUGCGCUCGAGAAAGUGUUGGAACGCCUCUACUUGUCUAUCACAGGACAGGAUUAUGAAGCUACAAUAAAGUGUUCCAACGUUCUUUCAACAUGGAUCGCUCUAGAACAUGAUGUGCCUAUCAGAGUGCGUGCAGAGCUAGCCAGGAUAUACUACCAUCUAGCCUUGGCGCCAGGCAUGGAGGCUAGACCGGCGAAGGAGUUUUCUAAUAUGGUGCCUCGCCUCCUUCGGCCGCUGUUCGAAAGAUCACAGCACGCACAUCUCCACUCCGAGCAUAUGAUUGAUAAUGCUAUUGUGUAUGAUAAUCUUGCUGAAGAAGCACAAGCUUACUUCGACCCAGGGGUCAGAUUGUCCGUACUUGAGGACGUUCUGCCGUACUUCGGUACUAGUGAUCCAGAGGCUGCAGCUGGGGCUGUGAAGGCAAUCUCACUGAUAUGGCCGACGGAGCCUGGACCUGAAUCGCGCUCAGACUACAUGCCGACAUUCUUCAAUCUUUUUAAGAGGCUUGACCAAUCAGAAGCUGCCACUGCAUCACUUUUGAACCUUUUUUCGAAACUCGCCGAAAGCCACUUAGUGAGCAAGCAUGUCUCGUUUGGAGCCUAUGGCAUUUUCGAUGAGAUACAGUCCCGCGAGAUAUUCGCCGCUAUAUCCAAAUUGACGCGGAUCGAUGUCGGCUCAAUCUUUAAGACUUCUCUAUCUCCGGAAGACCGAUCCAGGGUGGCUUCCAGGGCUGCCAGGUGGAUCGCUUUUUCGCUCUCACCUUUAUGCUUGGAGCAGGAGAGCUCCAUGCUGUCAAGCCUCAAAACGUUCAUCGCAUCCUUUGGCGGAAUGUACCAUCCCAACUUCACUAAGAAAGACGAGUUGAGCUUUGUCGCGGUACUCCUUUAUUACCUGAUCCAUAGUUUCUGUUGGAGAUAUAACAUGGAGCAACGCGGAGAGUUGGCCACACCACAAGAACGACGAAUUAACGACAAGCUAAGACAAGAAUUUGUCCAAUUGCUAAGAAGCACAGUUCUUUCAGGCAGUCUUUCCUCGAACAAGUAUAUUCGCAUGCCCAGUCAAGACAGUUGCGGAGAACUCGCCCAUCUCGAGCCAACUCUCGUAGUCCCCGAUAUCCUUAAACUCUUCUACAAUUCCUACGGCAGCCAGGUUGAUGGCGACUCGGUAACUUUGAGUAUGCGGCUCUUGGUGAGGGUCUGUAGCAUCAUCGCGCGAGAAAAGGGGCUGCGAUGCUAUCUGCCGCAUCUGAUGAAUCUCGCCUUAUCUAGCAUCAGUGCGAACCACCCAGAACUGACAACAGCUAGCUGCCAGUUCAUUCGGCUUGCCAUAUGCACGGCUCAAUACUACAAUCUACCACUUGCUGAGCCGGGCAAAUCUGAGGGGCCUACAGCAGCCAAAACCUGGAUAGAAGGUGAAGUCGCGCACCUGAGAAACGCAAGUUCUGUCCCCGUGGACUACUUGAAACAACUCUCCGACAAAAGAGAGCUCAAACUGCUUCAAUCUGCAUUCAGUGCUAUUGAAGACUUCCCGUUGCAGAUUUUGAAAUCUUUCUUUCAGUUUGCGUCUAAUACCUACUCCGGUUUCGAUACCGGCCGCGCCACCGGACGAAGCGAGACCGAGACUGAUGUCCUCGACACAGCACACGCAUGUUUGCUGUCGAUAGGGCCCGAAAUGCUGCAAAAAGUCAUGGUUUCUCUCAGCGAGCGCUUGUCAUCGGAUCCCAUUCCCAGCGCAAAGCACUUGAUGGGGUCUCUUGUCAGGUCUGCCGUGCAAGCAGAUCCGAAACGUGGUCUGCGGAUAUUUGUACCGAUGGCCAUAGAACGGAUCCGUAAAAGUAUUGAUAGAUACCAGUCGAGCACUCAGAAUCAAGAUCUGAUGUCUGUAGAGUACGACCUCGGCUGGUAUGUCGAGGCCCUCAGCCAAUGCCUCUUGUAUGGCGGGUCCUCGUCCGGGUCAGAUCUGCUUGACCGCAAAGAUGAAGUACUUGAACUGGCCCAGUUUGCAGAGAAGACAUUUGAAUCACGGGCGUAUAAGCUCGCCGCGAGGAUUUGCUACUCUAUGCUAACCGGUUUGACGUCGACUUAUCCGACCACGUGCGCGGUUCCUGGUGCGGAUCAAGCGGCGAUGAGGGACAAUUCCUGGCACAUACCCAAUGAUAGAGAGAUUCAGGCGGCAUGGGAGGUGUUUGAGUCGAGAACUAUGUCGCUGGAACAAACAAUACGUGACCUCAUGGAGCGUCAUGAUUCUUUGAGUGGGGCCAAUAAGGGUGCGAUUUGGCUCCGUCAUCUCACUGGGGCUGUGGAAUAUAUGAACGACCUGGUUCGCGGCGUGGCGACUCUGUUCGACCCACAGCACAGCUUCGCUAUUUGUAAUGGUGAAAAAAAACCUCCUUGUGAUAGCACUUUCGACGAAGAAGACGUGGCUGCGUGGGUCCUCACACAUGUCCAGGAUUUUCACCGCGUGCUAGCACCUCAACACACACUCUAUCAGGAGAUUCACAAACGGCGCAAGGAUAUCGGUUUGCUCGCCUGCGCGAUCCAUGAAUUCAUUCUUUCCUGCCAAGGAGAGUACAGUGGCUGCCUCUACGAGGUUUAUAAGCUCUACGCAACUUUUAUUAACGAUGUUGGUCAAUGUGAUAUACACCAGAACCAAGAACGAUCCCGCCAAGACUAUGAACGCUGGGCGAGGCACUUGACAACCGAUGGCUCAGUGCCAUUGCAUCCUCCGACUCUCCGCCUGAUGCUCAUGAAACGCUACCAUGAACAGCUACAGCAAUUCGGAACUGGGUUCCGAUACAUGGGAGAUCUCGAUAGGCGGAUCCUUCAGGACCUAGUUGAGGGCUGUAGUUCCCCAUUCGAGGCUAUCCACAAGGUGGCGCGAACUCUUCUUUUUCAAUCAGUAGAGAGGCUGGCACACUCCGCUGAGUUCUUUCUACCGCAGCUACUAGCUAAAAUUCGUCUUCUCAUCGCCGCCGAAGACUUCAGAGCCAUCGAGAGCGCGCUGGAUACGCUUGUGCAUGGGCAAUGGUCGCGACAUUGUCCCUUUCUAAUUCCUGAUAUGCUCGAAAUACUAACAACAGCGGCCAGAAUGAAUGAGCCGGCCGUUUCUGAUCUUGCAAGGAAGGGAAUAAAGGAAAUGGCGAUCCUUGAACACCGAGGACAGACGGUCUUCCCCGAGGACAGUGUCGCGGAAGCUAUCCGGCCAGGGCAGCAUUCCAACCUAGCCCAAGUAGGGCGUAUUUCCCAGAAUGAUUGUAGGGACAAGGCGCGACAACGGCGGGAGAAGCUGGGAACCGAGAUACUGGCAGGGGAGAUGGAGCCACGUCUCUGCACCCUAUCCGUCCGCGUUCUAAUCCGCCCAGGCUUCGAUCCGCCUCCGGACAAGUACAUCGCAUUUCUCGCAGAAAAUGCUUUGACGGCGGACGGGGAGCUUCGCGACCAGUGCGUGAAGCUACUCCGCGAUACUAUCCGUGAUUUUCUAUCAUCUAUACGCUUUAAUAAAAACCUUGAGCGCUACAUCCGCACGCAGGGGGCGGGGGGGGAUGAGCAGGUCCUAGUCGUUCCUCAGCGUGAUAAGAACUACGGAAAACGAUACCUCGCCAACUUUGAAAUAUCUAGCGAUGGCGAAGAAGAUGGUGAGGACAUCCUCGUGGAUCCUGCCUCCCUUGGGUCGCUAGUGUGGCCGGCCCAGUUCCACGCGUGCCGUAGAGAUAUGAAACCGCCAUCUGAUGAUCCCCAAAUAUCGCGAUUGGCCGGGCGCAUUGGAUCUCCUUUUGAUAAAAAGUGGUUCGAAAAGUUCCUAUCCUCCAUGAAGCUGGAAGAAGAGUCCUCUAAAGGAGGAAGAAAUGCCGCAUUGUCCAAGAUCUGGAACUCUGACUUCGAACUCUUGAGUGAUGCCUUCCAGCUAAUGGAAUUUGGGGCGACACCCGCAAAGCUAGAGGAUGUGGAAGAUCUGGUCAAAGUAGCUCUGGAAGAUCACACAAAAUUGGGCCAUCAUAUAGCGGCUGCGACCCUUCUCCUGGGUUUAAUGUGGUCUCCCAGAUCCCGCGCCUUCCGCAGUCGUGUCUUAGAGAAGGUGGAGCCUCUACUAAUCGACAUCCUCAAGCACCAUAUGCCACUCGCCAAUCGCACGUGGGUCAUCUUUCUACACCUGCUUACGAAGAACCGCGACCCGCGGCGAUAUCCAGGGCUAGUGCGCUAUACUCAUUCCCUUCGGUUGGAUGCCUCAGACUCAGUCCCAACACAGCUUGCAAAGCUCGACACACUUCAGGUCUUGCUUGUUAAUCAGGGAUGGCGGUUGUUUCACAAAAAAAAUAUUGUUCCCAUGCUUCUCCAAGUGGAAGAUGAUAUUUUAAACAGCGAAGUCUCUGCAGCCUUGGGCACAACAUUGGCAUGCGUCUACACCUCGACAUUCUACGAUUCGUGCCCCAGUGUCCAGGACUUCAUUGCCGCAAACAAAAACGAGUCAUCAUUAGGCAUCCGUCCGUAUAAACUUGGCCUUGGCAUUCAGGACACAGUAAAUACGGUACUCGAGAAAAUCUCUACGCUGCGAAAAAAGGAGCCUUUCCCGCACCCCGAAUUCCACCGCGCGGCAAAAAUGGUACUGGCAUUUGUGGACGGCUUACUCUGUAGCAACGCGUCAGGUGUUCUUGUUCACAAACAAUUACUUCACCCAAUUCUUGAUGAAAUGUUUCUUUUGUUAGAUGCACAGCUCCCUGAAGAAAUGAAGUUAGAGAAGCCCGCAACUGCGGUGCUGCUGAAGCUGUGCCAUCUUCCAUUCCGCGACAACGAGCCCACCGCCUUCUGGGAAAUCGUUGUGGGAAAAACCCAAUCGAAGCGAGUGGUUCACCGCGCUGUGGCUAUCAACAUGAUUUAUGAGUUGUAUCUGCAUCGGCUAUACACCAGCACUCCGUGCGAACAGCAAAGAGCUCUCAAGGCGGUGAGCGAUAAGAUUCAAGAUCCAGAUCCAGAGAUACAGAUGAAAGCAGAAGAAACCCUGAAGCGUCUCCUCUUUCGCAGUUGUCCGGAAGUGACCAAUUCUGUCAUCGAAGGGAUUGUGGAAAAUUCCAUCCAAGUUCUACAGGCCUCAACUAAGUCUGAUGAUCGUAUGGUUGCAGUCCGGAGGCUGAGCGCCGUGGUCUUGGCGCAUUCAUUCAUUACAAAAUCUCCAGAUUGGAUGGCAAAGGCGAUGGACAGGCUCGCCCAUGAGGCUGGAAUUGACAUGGGUUUGGUGGCAGAGAGAGCCAAUGGUGCUGUACACAGCUUCAAAGAGAUCAAAGGGGCAGGAUGGCCAAUGGUGAGUCAAGAAUUCCAUUUUUCAGACUUGGAUGGCUAA